AUGCAACUCGAUCGCAAACAGCCACUCCCUGAGUGUACCACAACAGUAUUCUUCAGUCCAAACAUGGGAAACUACGCUGUGAUUCGAAUGGAUCCAGUCGCCAUGGUCAAGGACCUGGACGAUCCAGAAGCGCUAGUCGCCGCGGAAGCCCUAAAGACAAAGAAAUACCUCGUAUACCUCGACUUCGAACUGGAGAUUCCGUUCCCCGGCAAACCUUGGUAUCGCUACAAGGUCUGUCCGAUAGCGCCCUCGCUGCGGGCUGAGGAUAAAGACAGAGGGUACGCCCCGGACAUGUGCGUCCCCAUCUUUCCGAAUGCAUUCCAUCCCUUGGGACGCACUCCGAUACACACGGACCCGGUCUUCCCGUACGACAAUUGCUAUCACUGGGCGGAGUUCCACACGGAUAUCCGCGUUCGGGCGCGACCUGAACACUUUGACGAGCGGCGAGCUACCAUGUUGCCCUCUACGGAGUAUGGGAAGAUGGACGACUAUGUGGGAGAGGACAUCCCGCGCAUGGAUGAGCUGCAGAGGCAACAUCGAGCCGCCACCGGAUGGCAUGCUCCCCCCGUGCAGGUGAGCAUGAUUCUCUCGUCGAUGUCAAGUGCUCAUCCACGGCGGAUGAUAGCCUGUGCUAUCGAGUCAUGA